AUGGUUGGUGGGCAGUCACUGGACGAUAUUGUCAACCAGAACGCGAAGGCGAUGAGAAGGCAAAGCAUGCCGCAACAAUACGGAGCGAACAUGACGCAGAAUCAUAUGGACGGUGACAUGAGGCGGAUAUCGAUGAUGGACUAUAGCGGCGCGUCACCGGCAGCGCCAAUGAACAACUACGGGUACGACCAAAAUGGUAUGGAUCAAAGCGGCAUGGCAGCAAGCACAUCGCCCGCGCACCCUUCUCAAGGUCAUCCACGCAGAAGUCAGAGCAGGCGGGAGUCCGGGACUGACCUUGCAGUCAACACUUCCUUUGCCGGUACCGCACCAAAUUACAACGCCAUGAUACACCCUCACUCUGCGUACGCAUCUCCUGCGCACCAUCAGCAGCAACAGCACGGUUUGGACCUGGGUAUGAGCAGCCCUUAUAUCGACACUGGCAUGAGCAUGUCAAUGGACUAUGGUGUGCAGUCAAACCAGGGCGCCAUGGGUGCCGAUGCAAUGGAUCUGAACAUGUACAACCAGCCGCAAUUCAACAAUUCCGUCAUGAGCUCGCCAAUGCAUCAAAUGGCGCAGCAGAGCACCAACAGUACACCACGGGCGCAGAACCAAGAGGCCGGCGGUGGCAGUAACAUGAGGCCGCAAUACGGCAACCGAAGCACGCAUUCCGGCAGUAGCACGGCGCGGAACCCGUCUAGAAGUCACAGUCUGCACAUGUCCGACUUGUCCAGUACGGCAAAUAACGGCACGCCAACAAAUCAGCCCGCAUCGAACAACCAAGCCCAGCAACAGUCGAACAGCUCGGGCGGCUUCACUGGGCAGCCGCAGAAUCCUGUGCCAGGCUCACGACAGGAUCGUCCCGUGCCUGGUCAGAAUACUCAGAAGUACGAUGGUCUCAACGGCCCGCUUCCUGUCGACCCAUCCAAUUACAACCCGAACAACCAAGGCUUCGCCUGGGAAGCUCCAGAAGGCGGCUGGCCGUCAACAAUGAUUGGAAGGCCCCACAUGCAGUCUUCUUACAAGAACGCCUAUUCAUCGACUGGCUUUGAUAUGCUUGGUGUACUAAUGCGUGUUGCAACGCGCCCCAACGCAGAAAUCAAUAUAGGUGCUGUUGACCUGUCAUGCGCCUUCGUCGUGUGCGAUGCAGAACUGGACGACUUUCCAAUCGUCUAUUGCUCAGACAACUUCGAGCGCCUGACCGGCUACACCAAGCACAUGAUCCUCGGUCGUAAUUGUCGAUUCCUGCAAUCUCCCGAUGGCAACGUUGCCCCCGGCAUACGACGUAAAUACGUGGAUGACGACUCGGUGCUGUAUCUGAAGAACAUGAUUAACCUCCGGCGAGAAGCGCAGAUUUCGCUUAUCAACUACCGGCGUGGCGGCCAACCAUUUAUGAAUCUGCUCACCAUGAUACCCAUCACUUGGGAUACUGAACAAGUCAAGUUCUUCGUUGGAUUCCAAGUUGAUCUAGUGGAGCAACCGAAUGCGGUUACUAAUAAGAAUCCUGACGGCAGUUACUCCAUCAACUACCAGCGAGGUAUGACCAUGCCUCGUUAUACGAUUAACGCACCGGAUACGUCGCAGAAACAGGACCUUGGGCAGACAGUACCACGCGACGAUGUCUCGGCGAUCCUAUCCACGAUUGGCUCAGGCGAGUCAGACUACGCCAAGCGCAUGUGGGACAAGGUUUUGUUGGAAAACACUGACGACGUAGUGCAUGUGCUCUCGCUAAAGGGACUGUUCCAGUGGGUGUCGCCUUCUGCACUGCGAGUGCUGGAGUAUGAGCCGAGCGAGAUUAUUGGCACGGCGCUCAGUUCCGUGUGCCAUCCUAGUGAUAUUGUACCGGUGACUCGUGAGCUGAAGGACACCUCGACAGGUGCUUCGGUCAAUGUUGUUUUCCGCAUCAGGCGGAAGAACAGUGGCUACAUGUGGUUCGAAGGCCACGGCUCGCUCCACACAGAACAAGGCAAGGGCCGCAAGUCCAUCAUCAUGGUUGGCCGGGAACGGCCAGUAUAUACCCUCAGCAAGAACGAUAUCGUCAAUGCUGGCGGCAUCGGCGAGAACGAGCUUUGGACUAAGAUGUCGACUUCCGGCAUGUUCUUGUUUGUGUCUUCGAACGUCCGACAAUUGCUUGACCGGCAACCCGAUGAGCUGGUUGGCAUCAGUAUACAGUCACUCAUGCGAACGGAAUCAAAAACCGAGUUCGGGAGGAUCCUGGAACAUGCCAGGACCGGAAAGAAGGCGUCAGUCAAGCACGAGAUGAUCAACCGAAGAGGCCAAGUCCUAUCAGCAUUCACCACCCUUUAUCCCGGCGAUGCAACUGAAGGCUUGAAGCCAACCUUCAUUGUCGCCCAGACGCGACUGAUCAAGUUCAGCAGAGGUGGCCAGACUAGUAGACCCAGCCUCUAUCCGAAAGCCGAGCGUGGCUCGAACGACUCCGCCACCUCGACCGCGUUGCAGCCGCUCUCCGCUACGCCGAAUGCGACUGGUGAUCAAACACCCACCUCGGGCAUUUCCGGCAGCCGUUACAUGGCCACCGACGGUUCGGCUGCCACAUACGCAGGGCAGAACGGGCUCGUCAUUGGCCGUCAAGACGUGUCAUUAGCAUCCGAGGAUAACCUGUUCGAUGAACUGAAAACGACCAAAUCAAGUUCGUGGCAGUACGAAAUCAGACAGUUGGAGAAGCGCAAUCGGAUGCUAGCGGAAGAGGUCCAGGCCCUGAUUGCGGCGAAGAAGAAGCGGAAGCGGCGAAAGAACGGCAGCAACUUCACGAAGGAUUGCGCGAACUGUCACACCAAAGUCACGCCCGAGUGGCGGAGAGGGCCGAGUGGACAGCGAGACCUCUGUAACAGCUGCGGUCUGCGGUGGGCGAAGUUGAACGGCCGCGUUUCGCCACGGACAUCGUCACAACAUUCUGGUGGUGCAGCAUCCGACAAAGCCUCGAAGGCAUCUGCAUCUCCGCGUCACGCAUCAGGGAUGAGUACUGCACAGGCAAUCUUCAAGACCGAGUCGCCAACCAACCAGCCGCCCAUGUCCACCGUCGCUACCCCUGGCAUUGAGCCUAGAGGAUCGCCCAAAGCUGUCAAGCCGCCGGAAGGGCAUGGCGCGAGUAUGGAGGGCGCUUCAGGUGUGCCGGACAAGAUCGACGAAGGUGUGGAGCCGGACUAG